UCCCCCACUUCGGUCUGCCAUUACCGCUCUUCAGAAGAAGGGUUCGGGAGAGAGAGAGGGAAGUAGAUGGAGAGAGGGGUUGUGGGCGAGUUUAUGGUGUGCGUUGACAGGAUCAUAGCGUCCGCCUGCUUCGACGCUGGAAACGGGCCGGCGGCUAGAGUUGAUGGCGGUUACAGUGCUCCGGCGGGGGCUGAGGAGGAGGGUGAGUGCUCGGACAGCUGGAAGGGAGAGGUGAAGUUUGGUAAGAAGAAGGGAGGAGGGAGGGAGAUGGUUGAGUGCAGAAUUUGCCAGGAGGAAGGGUUUGAGAGCGACAUGGAGAGCCCUUGUGCUUGCUGUGGAACCCUUAAGUUUGCCCACAGGAAGUGUAUACAGAAGUGGUGCAAUAAGAAAGGGGAUAUUACAUGCGAAAUAUGCAACCAGAUGUAUGCACCAAAUUACUCUGCACCACCUUCCCAGACAAAUUCUGAUGUACUAGCAAUUGAUAUCAG